GGAUUUGCAAAAGAGAAAACAAACACCCUCACUCACAAAGACAGACUGCACACAGGUUUGCAGGCGUCUGGCCACAGUUCUGCUAAGAGCUUCCUUCCUCUCUGAAUCCCUGCUGGACACUCGGAAUGCCCGCCAGGGGCCGCAGGUGACUGAUCUGAAGCUCAGCCUCCUGUCGGUACCCUCCCUCCCUUCAGGGAAGAAUCAAAAGAAGCCAGCCGUGACCUUAGCCAUCUCUUGUGCCAGUGCCACCUCAGCGGACUCAAAGUCACCUCUGCUCCAGCAACUGCUGGCCAGAUCUGGCCAGGGACUCCCUCCCACUCCACAGCAGGAUCCAGGAACUGGUCCCUAUUGGGCAAUCAUUAAUCGGAUUCUUGGCAUUCCUCUGUCCCUGGCCAGCAUGCUCCCCACCAGAAAAGGAACAGAGGCCCACGACUGGCAUUUGGAUAUGCAGCUGACCAGCAAGGUGGUGCUGUCCGCAGCUGCGCUGCUCCUGGUAACUGUGGCUUACAAACUCUACAAGUCCAGGCCUGCCCCAGCCCCGCAUGCGGGAAGAAAGAAAGAGCGCCACAAAGCAGAAAAUGAAACGGAGGGCUUGGGACAACCUGCCUUCCAGGAGGCUCCACCGGGGACCCUGCCAAGGGGCCCAAGACGCAGGAAAGCCAGCAAAGGGGCUGGGUCCCCACUGGACUACAGCUUGGAGGAUCCAGGAGACUCCUACAUCCUGGACACCCCCAGGUCUGAAGAGCCCACAAGAAAAGGCUCUGAUGAAAGUCAGGACAGGCAGCGUCCAGACUCUCAGCAGGUGCCUCCUCCCUGCGGUGGCCAGGAAGCCGGAACAGCUGUUAGAGGUAAGCCCAACCCUCCCCACCCCCUUCAUUCUGGCUGUGAACCUACAAGCUCCCCAGCGAGACUUAUCCCAGGAGUAGGUGGCAGCUGUGUGGGUGACAAUCUCUCUCCAUGGCCAGACAGCAGACCCCUAGAGGAAACUGGGUCUGGGGACCCGGAAGCCCCCAACUGUUGGACUGAUCCCACGCUGGUCAACGGUGACAUGAACCAGAGCUGGAUCUUCACCCACAUGACAGGGGUCAGCAGGGGAGAGGCUGGGGCCCUCCAAGCUGCUGCAAACAUGGGCUUGGCCACGCAGCAGCAGGAAGGAGCCACCAGUGCUUCCCAUACCUUCUCAUCUGUGGCCCGCAUCCGGAUGGAGGAGAACGUGAUACAGAAGGCAGAGGGACCGGAGCUGAAAGGCAGAAUAUAUGACUACUUUGUGGAGUCCACGUCGAAGGCUGUCUCCAGACCAGUCCCCUGCGCAGCAGCUCUGGCUGAUGCUGCUCCAUCCCCCGGGCCUGGACCAGAGCCCCUGGUCACAGGAGCAGCCACCAGAGACCAAGCUGAUAACACAGCCGGUGGUACAUUGCAAGUAGCAUCCCCACAGCCUGUGCCAUCCCCCUCUGCGCCAGGCUUUGGCAGAAAGGUGAGCCUCCUGCAGAUCGCUGAGAACCCAGAGCUCCAACUGCAGCCUGAAGGCUUCAGGAUGCCCCUUCCUGCCCACCUGGACCAGAGUGCCCAGCUCGGUUCAGACUGCAGCCACGGGGAGCCCCACGUGCAGCUUGUAGCUGGGACCAAUUUCUUCCACAUCCCUCUCACACCUGCUUCAGCUCUGGAUGUCCGCCUGGACCUGGGCAAUUGCUAUGAGAUGCUGACCUUGGCCAAGAGGCAGGGCCUAGAGGCCCUGAAGGAGGCAGCCUACAAGGUACUGAGUGAUAACUACCUUCAGGUCCUCCGCAGCACAGACAUCUACGGGGGCCUGAGCGGAGCAGAGCGGGAACUGAUCCUCCAGCGCAGGUUCCGAGGCCACAAGUGCCUGGUGGUGGCAGACAUGUGUCCCCAGGAAGACAGUGGCCGACUCUGUUGCUAUGACAAUGUGCAGGAUGCCUGGCAUCCGCUGGCCCAGCUGCCCCUGGAGGCCAUGUCCCGGGGUUGUGCUCUCUGUUCUUUAUUCAAUUAUCUCUUUGUGGUGUCUGGCUGCCAGGGACCUGCGGGCCAACCCUCCAACCGUGUCUUCUGCUACAACCCCCUGACGGCAAUCUGGAGUGAGGUGUGCCCACUGAACCAGGCCCGUCCUCACUGCCGGCUGGUGGCCCUGGAGGGGUACCUCUACGCCAUAGGAGGUGAGUGUCUGAACACAGUGGAGCGUUACGACCCUCGCCUGGACCGCUGGACCUUUGCCCCGCCGCUCCCAAAUGACACAUUUGCCCUGGCGCACACAGCCACGGUGUGCGCCAAUGAGAUCUUUGUCACUGGGGGCAGCCUGCGCUACUUGUUGCUCCGAUUCUCGGCCCAGGAACAGCGUUGGUGGGCCGGCCCCACGGCGGGCAGCAAGGACCGCACGGCCGAGAUGGUGGCUGUCAAUGGCUUCCUCUACCGUUUUGACCUCAACCGCAGCCUGGGCAUCAGCGUGUACCGCUGCAAUGCCAGCACACGGCUCUGGUAUGAGUGUGCCACGUACCGCUUGCCUUACCCCGAUGCCUUCCAGUGCGCCGUGGUGGACGAUCGUAUCUAUUGUGUGGGACGCAGGCGCACACUCUGCUUCCUGGCGGACCACAUCUCGCCCAGGUUUGUGCCUAACGAGUUGCAGGGUUUCCCUGCUGCACGGGGCACCCUUCUGCCUGCUGUCCUGACCUUGCCUGUCCCCGAUGUUCCUCAGACCCCUGUCUAGCAGUCCCUCUGCUGGGUUCCAUGAGGAUUCAGAGAAACUCCCUGCCCAUCACUCUGGGUAAGAGGCAGGCAGGAACAUGGCCUGUGGUGGGGUGGAAAGUUAUCUGUCCCCCACCACAGGUUACACAUGGGGCUUGGAGGAUUCUUUAACAGUCAAGCUACAAGGCCCGCUACAACAGUGAAGCCAGGGCUUAGCAUCCCAGGACAACUGGUGUGACUGACUGCACCACAACUGCAUGAGUGACUGACCCUGCUCUAUGCUUCAAAUCAGAAUUCCUGGCAGGGGCGAUUUCAGAACCCCACACAAAUGAAAGGCCAUAGUCUUAUUCCAGUCACAUUUCUAGAGGCCAGGGUGCCGCCAAGGGCACCUCUCAAGCUGGUUGGCUUUCUGUGAACUACCACAGACCACCUUCUUAAGCACUCCUCUCACCAAUUCCUAAGCAUUGAGGACCACCUUAGAAGCUUCUAGAAGCCUCUGGAGCACAGGUGGAAAGAACUGAAGGAGGAGGUUUGGGCAGGAGCAGGAAGGAGCUCAGGAUACCCCUGAGGUUUGGACAGAAGGACAGGUAUUGCUAAAACUGGAGGCACCCACAGGAACACUGUUUGCAGAGCACAUUGACCAAGACCCACUUUUUUUUUUUUGGUUACCUCAAGUUCUGUGUGCUGGAAGGAGAAAGGCACCCAUCUUGACAGGAGUUCUAUUUGCAUAUUAGUCAUCGCACAAUUGAGGUCUUGGGAGGCAGGGGUGCAGAUGUGGUUCCAGGCUCCCUUUUCUGCCAUGCCCACCACCACUUGACCUCAAUAGACUCCAAGGAGUUCAGAAUCCUCUCUGCCUGCAGGCCACCAGGGCAGCCAUUACUAUUCAUCUCAUCCGUGUGACCGUCUCUGUCUUGUGGCAAUCUCAUCUGCUUCGCUGGAUGAGAAGGAAUAAAGGGAGGCAGGUCCAGGAAGGAGCCAUGGAGUUGGGAGAUUCUAGUGGAGCAACCAGGUCCUCAAUCUCUUCCAUCAAAGGGGACCCAGCUUCCAGGAAGACAGGCAGAGAGCCUGGCCCACCCUGUUAUCUUGCCUACCGAGCCCUUGCUUCGUUCUGAGGGAAACAAGGUUGAGAGAAAAGAGAUGACGCUCUGAACCAGGAGCCAGGGGGUGCAGUCACAGUCAGGCAGGGCCUGACAAGCCGGAAGAUGGGAAGAAUCUGGACACUGCCCCUUUAAAAACCUUCCCAGAUCCCAGGGGUGGUCGUGCAGCAGCUCUGGGAACUGAGGCUGGGGCACUGUUUAGAAGAUUUGGGAUUAGAACGUAGAACAAGGAGGAGUUUCCACACAGAGAUCAGAAGAGAGUCUUGACUGUCCCUGGCCAAAGGCCUGGGAGGAGGCACCAGCUGAACCACACUUGAAUUGAAAGCUGAGCAAGAAAGGCUGUCUGGGCCAUGGUGGGGUCCCAGGGAGAGAAUCCUGCCCCUGCCCCUGCCCCUGCCCCCUGUCCCCUGCUCUCUGCCUCCUAUCAAGGCCAUGUCACAUUACUCACACAUCAACCUCUGAGAAACAUAGGGACAAAGGAAGGGAUGGGUUCAGUAAAAAGACUAAAGAGGGCAUUGGUAUGGUGGUGCCAGGCUGAGAUGGGGCAAGGUGCCUUUGGAAGAUAGGCCCAGUUUCCAGGCAUAGGCUAGCCCAGUUCUGAGGGCAACCUCUGGCAAUGGGCCAGACAGAAGGCAAGAUGCCAGCCAAGUUGGGUAGGGUCUGGGUUAGGUUCUAAGUCCAGGAGAUGAAACACAUUAAGGAAACUUCCAGGGGCUGGAGAGAUGACUCAGCAGUUAAGAGCACUGGCUGUUCUUCCAGAGGUCCUGAGUUCAAUUCCCAGCAACCACAUGGUGGCUCACGACCAUCUGUAAUGGGAUUCGAUGCCCCUCUUCUGCUGUGUCUGAAGAAAGCUACAAUGUAUCCUAUACAAUAAAUAAAUAAUUCUUUAAAAAAAGAAAAAGAAACUUCCAGGAGCCCGUGGCACACCAACCAGGCAAGUGAUUCCAGGGAAGUUGCAAAAAAGAAAAAGAGAAAACAAAACCAAAGCCCUGUGUUUGGGACCCCAGUGAGUGUAGUCUUUAUUGAAAGAAGGGGCGCUGAGACUAAGCUGUUGUACACCCCUUGUGCUCAUGUGCCAGACAUCAUCAAUCAAUCCCUGUAUCUUUUCCUGAUGAGCCCUUAUAAAUAAGUACCUCAAAACUGUUCAAAACAGAAGCCCCACAGUCACGGCCGAUAGGUCAGAGCUGACAUGUCCUUAUUGGCUUGACCCGGAGCUGGUUUAGGGAGUGGAAGUGGUUACAGAAGAGCCAAGUAGGGAACCCAUCCGAGGCACGGUGGACAGAGUUCACUGGUGAGAUGAACACGCGCAGUCUGUUUGGGCCAGGCCGGGCACAGCUCUGCGGGUGGGGGAGCAGCAGUGUCCCAGUGGGGGAGAGCAGGCUGAUUCACAGACCAAGAGCCAGCACAGGAAGAGAUUGAACUCAGCAGGCGUAACUGCUAAGGCAAGGGCAAAGCCGGCUGUGCAAGACAAUCAGGUCUCCGGCAUGGAAUGUAUCGAAAUGUAUCAGAGGGGGGAUCAGAGAGGAGAUUCAUGGGCAGGAAGGGGAAGGGUUUUGCCACAAAGGCAAGGGGGCAGGGAAGCUCCUGAGGAAGACAAUCUCAGGGUGGAAGAGGGAUAGACCACUGAUCUAGCUCUGGCUCUGUUCCCUAGGAGAGAAGCCCACUUGGUGCACUUGGGGGUGGUUACAAAGGAGUCACAGGUACCCUGUCCAAGUUAGGCAGCCUGCUGGCUUCUGCUUCACUUGGGCUCAGAGUCUAGUGCCCACUUGACGUUUAGGAAUAGCGUAGGGUCUGCAGACAUACUGGCCUCGGCCUCCCGAGUGGCCUAAGCGUCAGGACCAUCUGUCUUGCUUUUUUCUAAUAAGAGUUCUUACAGCUUUAGAGGAGGAAAGAUGAUGUGUGAUUUAUUUUCCACUUUAAGCCAGCCAUGUCACUUUAUAGAAAAAUAAAUAGACAAUUGGAAGAUAGAGAAAUGUAUUUUUAAAAGGCUCUCAAUUCUGCCACCCAAAGACGUCUCCUACUGGGGGGUGUGUCCCUCGGGUCUCUCUCUUCUGUUUGUAGGUUUUGUUUGGCUUGGUUUUUGCCCGGGUGUGUUUGUGCUGAACAUACAAUUCUGUUGCUUCCUUCUGCACACGGCGUUUUUCCGAAUAAGCAUCUUCCCGUGUUAUUACAAACCCUGGGUAAACAUCAUUUUCAAAAGGCACUGAAUAUUCCACCCAGUGAAUGGAUCGCACUUUAUUUAAACACGUUCCUCCCUGCCCCUGUUGAUUUCCUUUUCUAUCAUAAAUAAAAUAAAUGGUCUUUGUUUUC